GAAGAAGAAGAAGAAGAAGAAGAAGAAGAAGAAGGUGAUGGCUCCCACCCACGUUGUGACUUCCAGACUAUUGCAGCCAUUUCCGAUGCGAAGUACCAUGAGCUCUUCAAGGCAUGCAACCUGUUCCCUUCCGCCGAUUGUGUAGCUGUAGUGCGUCGCGACAAAGGUGCAUACAAUGCGGCAACUUUUGUCGAUGUCCUUGACGGUGGAAAAACCCAUAAAUUCGUGGUCCGCGUGCCUGGUCACGGAACACUUGAACACUGGACAGAUGAAGAUGCAUACGUGUUAGAGCGCGAGGCCCAACUCAUUGAGUACAUUCGCAAGAACACUGCCGCGCCCGUCGCACAGGUUAUCGACUAUGCUACUGGCCACGAAAAUGCGCUUGGCUUCCCUCACAUUGUGAUGACGAUGCUGCCCGGUAAGCCUGCUUACACGCUCUGGUUUCCGGAAGGAUACCCUUUUGUAGGGGACGACGAUGUCUUCCGUGAUGCGGACGUCCCCCCUCCCUACAUCGAG